AGUCGCAAGAUGGCUGAUGUCGCUUGGAAGUAAUGUUCCCCUCUGCAACAUGAAGCCGUGAGUGUGGAAGAAAGCGAGGGAGGCACCAUCGGGCUUUUAUUUUUAUUUUUAUUUUAGUUCCUUUUUCUUUUAUUUCGUCAAACAUCCAUCUCAUUCCGCGUCGUGUCCGCCCCGGACUUGUCUUCGGGAGUUGACGCGUCAAAUCACGCCGGGGACCCUGCCAGCAGCUAGCAGCUAACAGCUAGCCACACAGCUAGCCAAUGUUAGUGCAGCCAGGGACUAGUUUGUUUUAAUUGAUAUUCUGGAAACACGCGAACCAACGAGCUACCAGUACACACGUGGCUGAAACAGCGCAGGAUAAAUGUAAUAUUUUAUCUGUCACACACACAUAAAUCAGUCUUUGCGAGCUGCUCGGUUUAACAUCAUGUCCGCGGACUGGCCGUGCAGCCCGGGGGUUGCUAGCCUUCACUAAUGCGCAGUACUGGUGGGUCUGUCUCAUGUGCACAAAUCAGCACAAUCAUUAUUUUUAUCCGCUUUUUUUUCUCCUUCCAUAGAAAUCCACCACCUCGCUGCAUCUCCGUUAUCUGCUGCCAGCUGCCUGUUUUGAAGCUGGUUUGUGUUGAAGCCAAAUUAUGGGAGCAGGAAAUGUGUUGAACUUUGUCUGGCUGUAGGUAUAGCUGCACUGGCCUUGCUGGCAUCUCACCAACAAAAAAAAACAAACAAAAAAAAACAAAAAACACACCCCCACACACAGGGAUGGACACUAAACUGAGCACCCACGCACACAACUGAGAAAUAGUCACUUGUAAGUAAGAUAAGGACAGCUGACACACGUGUGCAGAAGCGCAUCGUGGCUCAUUUCACCAGUCUGGGUGAUCAGUGGCUUUGCAGGGUUAACUUAAGUACAGUUAGUCACUACACCGGAGACCAGUUAGCUCUUCUAGCUGCGGUCUCGCCCCUCAUCACGUUACAAACACGGCGUACAGGACGUAUUCAGAGCCCGCUCCCGGCCACACACACAGGCUGAACAACACCGUCAUGGGAGUGCAGGGUUUUCAAGAGUAUCUAGAGAAGCGGUGUCCCGGGGCCGCGGUCCCGGUGGACCUCCUGAAGCUUGCCCGUACCGCGGCCCGCCAGCCCCCUCACCACCACCAUCACCCACACCACCACCCACAUCACCCCGGGCCCAUGCCUCCCCCGCCCCCGCCUGCCAGGAUCCUAAUCGACGCCGACUCCGGCCUGCAACGCCUCUACGGCGGCUACCAGACGGACUGGGUGUGCGGGGGCGAGUGGAACGCCAUGCUGGGCUACCUGGCCGCCCUGUCGCAGGCCUGCCUCUACCAAGGUGGCCUGGAGCUGGUGGUGGUUUUCAACGGCACACUGGGGAAGGAGCGCUGGCCCGAGUGGGCGCGGCGAGCUCAGGGCCAGAGACAGACGGCGCAGCUGAUAGUCAACCACGUCGGCAGCAAGGCCACCCCGCCUCCCCGCGCAUGGUUCCUGCCCCCGGCCUGCCUCAGCCACUGCGUCCGCCUGGCCAUGUUCCGCUUCCGAGUGCGGGUUGUACAGACUUUGGAGGACCACCACCAGGAAGUGCUGUCUCUCUACAGGGACUUUGGAUUCGCUGGCCUGAUUGCUCAAGAUUCUGAGUUUGCCCUCUGCAACGUACCUGCCUACUUCUCAUCGCAUGCGCUCAAACUGAGCUGGAACGGCAAGAACCUGACCACACACCAGUACCUGCUGUCUGAGGCCGCCAGGCAGCUCGGGCUGAAGACACAGCACCUGCCCUGCUUUGCUGCUCUGCUGGGAAAUCAUAUUCUGCCUGAUGAGGACCUGGCUGCCUUCCACUGGAGUCUGCUGGGACCAGAACAUCCACUAGCUUCUCUCAAGGUGCGAGCUCACCAGUUGGUGCUGCCGCCCUGUGAGGUGGUGAUCAAGGCUGUCUCAGAGUACGUCUCCUCCAUCAAAGACCUGGGAAACCUUGACGCCAUCGCCAGAGAUGUCUUCAAACAGUCACAGUCUCGUAUGGAGGACAAAGUGGAGCGAUUCAAGAAAGCUGUGGAUUAUUUCUCAGCUGCCUCCAAACCUCGUUCGCCCAACAUGGGGCCCUCCUCUUUCAUCUUACCUGGGUUUGGAUUUGGGGGACCACCGGGCCACAUGGGACCUAUACAGCCUGGAAAGAAUCAGUUCCCUCCUCCCCAGGUUCCGGGGUUGAAGCCACCCUAUCAAAAUGCUCCAUAUGGACCUGGCUCCACCCCUCUGUUCCAGAACCCGCCGCCACCAUCCCAAGACUGCAACGAUUCAAUGACAGGCAAGAUGGGCUUCUCUGAUUGGUCGGCUCCAUAUGAUUCCACUCAGGGGGGAAAUCGAUUACCCAAUCAUCACACCACCACUCAGUCUGUUCCCUCUCCGUCUCCUUCAUCGUCAUCAGAUGGAGAUGAACCCAACGACAGCAACGCAAACCAUUUGACGGACAAGCCUUCUCGGUGGGAGGAUCCUGCUGGAAGGGUGGGCUCGGCCUCUGGAGAUGGUUCCCAAGGCAACGGGAGCGCAUCACACAUUCCGUCACUGCUGUCUAUGGCGACGCGCAGUCACAUGGACAUUACCACACCCCCUCUGCCUCAGGUCAGUGCUGAGGUUCUUCGUGUAGCUGAACACAGACACCGAAGAGGACUAAUGUACCCCCAGAUUUACCACAUUUUGACCAAGGGAGAAAUGAAGAUGCCAGUGUGUAUAGAGGAUGAGUGUAACUCUGAGCUGCCUCCUGCCUCUCUGCUGUUCCGUGCUGCCAGACAGUAUGGCUACGGCGUCCUCUUCAGUCUGGCUGAAACACACCGCCGCCUGGAGAGGCUUGCUCUCCGCAAGAGGGCUCCCCUGGAAGUUCCUCCAGUGAUUGUCAAAGAGUGGAGCAGCGGUAAAGCCAAGUCGGCCCUGACUCCUGAGCUGGUCCCAGCCCUGUGUUUCCGUGAGUGGACCUGCCCCAACCUGCGGAGGCUGUGGUUGGGUCGUGCCAGUGAGGACCGCUCCAGGAGAACCAGGGCCUUCCUGGCCUGCCUACGCUCCGACUGCCCAGCCCUCCUCAACCCAGCACAGGUCCCACAGCAUCUGCUGCUCAUGUGCUGUGUGCUCAGGUAUAUGAUGCAGUGGCCUGGAGGAAGGAUCCUCCAGAGACAUGAGCUAGAUGCCUUUUUGGCUCAGGCUGUUUCCAGCCAACUCUAUGAACCCGACCAGCUGCAGGAGCUCAAGGUGGAGAAGGUGGAUGCCCGCGGGGUGCAGCUGGCUUCUCUUUUCAUGGCCGGCGUGGACACAGCGUUGUUCAUCAAUGAUGUUUGCGGUCAGCCGUUGCCAUGGGAACACUGCUGCCCCUGGGGCUUCUUUGACGGUAAACUGUUUCAGAGCAAACUGGCUCGGUCUGCCCGCGACCGGUCCGCCCUGCUGGACAUGUGCGAGGGACAGGAAGAGCUGGUGUCCAAGGUGGAGAAGAUGCGUCAGGCAAUCCUCGAGGGCAUCAACCUGUCCCGCCCUCCUCCUCCUCCCCCUCCUCUUCCACCUCCUGCCUUCCUUCCCCCAGCCAUGGUGCCCCCUUUCUACCCCAUGCCUCCCCUCUACCCACCUCGCCCCAUGGGCAUGCCUCAUCAUCAUCACCCGCAUCAUCCUCAUCACCCUGCUCAACACAGACCCAGAGCCUUCCCAGGCCUUCAGUCCAUUCCCCCUCAGGGAGGGAAACUGGAGAUAGCUGGCAUGGUCGUUGGCCAGUGGGCUGGGAACAAACCAAUCCGUGGAAGAGGAGGGUUCAACAUGCAGGUGGUGUCAGUGGGAGCAGGGAGAGGGAGGGGUAAAGAGAUUCCAGCUAAAGUAAGGGCGGUGAAAAAGGCACCUAACAACAGAACACAGACGUCGCCACCCCCCCCAUCCAGCAGUCCCCCAAAGCCCUCAGAGGAGGCGGCCUCCACGCCAGAGGUUGCGACCCAGCAGCUGAACGGCAGCUCAGCAGCCUCCGUCAUCGGCCAGCCCUUGGAUCUGGCCGUCCUGGCCCAGCCAAUCCCGUGUGCCUUAGCCAGCAGAGACAACCAAUCAGAGGGGGUGGAGGUGGAGGCCCCCUGUUGCCUUGACGACUGCCCGUCAGACGGAGCGCUACAGAAGGAGGAGUGAUGGGAUCCUUUCCCGUGAUGCACUGCUCUGAGAGAGUCCUCUGUGUUUGACUGCCUUUCCCUGUUUUUGUAGCCCUGCCUGCUAGCUGUGCACGUUAUCACAAGGAGCAAAAGGUGAAGCGAGGCUCCUCCUCGUGCUCCCUGCUGCUCCAUGUGAUAAAGCAGUUAGCUGUUACUUCCUUUUUAGUUUUCUCAUGUGGUUUUACAUUGUUUUAUGAAGAGAGGUUUUCUCCAUGAGUCUGUAAGCGCCCCACCCCUAAAAAAUCCUAAAUGCCUCCCUCGCGCACUCAGAGUAAAAUAAGCUUGAAGCCCCGCCCCCCCAUUAUGACCCACUACUUAAAUGAGCCCCCACCUUCCCAUCUUAAGUAUGGGUAUCUGUAAAGUUAAAAUGUCUUAUGUGUUUUUAAUGGUCCCAUUGUUUGAAUCUCUGCACACAGAUGUUAAGCUCGCGGCCACGGUGACAAAUGGGAUGUGGUUUCCAUGGUCGUCCUGGUUGCCAUGGCUGGUAGUUGUGUGUUGAUGCGGUUUGUUACCAUAGCCGUUUCGUGUGAGGUUUAUCUUGCAUGGAUUCAGAGAGAUGUUCAGAGAAAUGUCUCUGGAUAAUGUGAGAAAGAUUUUAACAAAGUGAUGUACCAUUCUUCUGCGCAGUGCCCCUAAUCCCCCCCCCCUGUACUCUAGCAGCACUGCUAAACACACAAUGUUAGUAUAUUUACUAGCAACAUACCCCUUUAUCGAUUAAUUGGUUAUUUAUCACAGGAGCACUUCUGCACCAACAUUGUAUUGGCGUGCUAUCUUAUUUUGACCCAUGUAGCAUAGCCUAGUGCUUAGCUAUGCUAAGAGACCCCAUGAAUUUUUAUGCACCUUAAGCCCUAAAGUAUGCAAGAUUAUUACCCUGCUCCUCCAAAAAAAAGUGCAUCUUCCCAUCCCCCUUGUCCCUUACUCCCAAAGCUUUGAUUGUAUUACCCCAACAGAAGCACUUAAUGUUGUAUUUAAAUAUAAUGAAUUUGAAAAAGCCCCUAUAUACAGAUGAAUUGACAGUCUUAGAUGGGGUGUCCCCUACGGCUAAGUAAAUCGUUAUGACAUGUAGAACGACAUUUAAAGGUAGAGAUCUAUUUGAGAGACGUCAGAAUGUGAACAGAGUGGUAUCAGACAAAGAAGCACUUUGUUUAAAAAAAUGUUAAACCACACUGGACAGUCUUCUACCAGGUGAUAAAGAAAUGAAAAAUACUCUUGAAGCACCUUCUAGAGUUAAGGCCAAAAAAAGAAACAUAAUAAUACUGCCCAGCAAUAGAUGGAAAUGAAUGGUGAGGAUUUGGGUAACUGCUGCCAGGCAGAGUUCCCCUCAGACUGGCCUCACUUGUUCAAUCAUGACCUUUGCAAUGAAGCUGAAAGAAUUCCUGAUUCUCCACAUCAAGAAUUCCUGGGAAUCUCUUCAGAUUUCUAAAGUUAUUUCCAAAGUGUAUUUUAAAAAAGGCUAGCCCACUGAGGCAGCCAGUGAUGUUAAAGGGGUGUGGUGACGAAAAAGCCUCAAAGAUCCCCCCCCUCCACCACCCCACCCUUUGGUGGUGAUUGAGUUACGGUUGUCACGAUGAUAGCCCCAACACCAUGAGCUGUUGCCCCGCAGAGCUCUGGUGUGUCACUUUAGACCAGCAGGAAGCACUUCCCUGCCCUGAAGUACCUUAGCCGAACAAAGGCGGAGGCUUUACGGGUCGGAUCACAUGUCACAUGACGGGAGAGAGGGAGGCCUCAUGGCGGACUCGAGUGUGCCGCUCACAAUCUGAGACUUCUAAGAUAAUGAAUUGUUUUAUUAGAGCACUUAUGUUUGUAGAGAAUGAGAUGUGUCCCCCCCCCCCCAAUAGUAGGUUUCACCUGACUACGGAAAUACAACUUACCAAUAGCCGGUAGCACAACUGCAGAUGUAAAAGCAGUAGACCGACAGAUACCGCCUGAGAGAUGCUGGCCAUGAACAUUAUUAUCUCUAUAAACUGACUAAGAGAGGAUGAAGUGAGCUCACCAUGUUAAAAAGAAAGAAAGGCAAGUCAACAAAGAAGCACCUUAUUUUCUUACUAUGUUAAUGACUUGUGCUCUAUUGCGUUGCCACACAAUUGACAUGGAAAAAAGCUCUUAUGAAAUGCUGUUUUGAAGGAAAAAACCCUGACUAUGUAUGUAAGUGUUGGUGUAGUCGCGUCAGACAUCCCACUCAAUUAUGAACUCAACCAUGACAGUUGACCCAGCCCUGAGUGUAGGCCUAUGCUCAUCAUCACAGGGAAUGGGCCACGCCGCCGUCUCUUACACCAACACCAAAUGAAAUCCGAGGUCUGGACUGACUUGUUAGCCGUUUAUUGGUAGGGAUUAAGCACACAAGUGCUGUAGGUGUUUUAUAGGUUAAGAGUAGGUAACAGCGUCGGGCUUAACACAGGACUGUAAUACACAGACACGAAGACUAGGCUAGAGAAUAUAGCUCCACUGGCCGAAAUACUAAGUCUAGAAUUACUAGGAGUCAUAUACUUAACUGCUUUCAACUUUUGACAUUAGUACAAAUAUGUGUAUCGCAACAGUACAUUGUUAGAAGAUGUUUUUUCUGUGGCGAGCCAGAGUGUGAUCUGGUAUACGAGGCCCUCUCGAUUUGCUCGCCAGAUAACAGUUACAAACACACACUCACACACACACACACACACACACACACACACACACACACACACACACACACACACACACACACACACACACAUACCCUCACACGACAAACAGGUAUUCAGUUGCAUUUGUUACCACCAGCAUUCUCUCUGCUUUUGUGCUGAAGUGAUUUUGUGCAGUUUCAGUUCCCAGUGGAGUGGUCGUCAGUUCAUCAGAGAUCAUUUUUGGUAACACAUUCUACUGAUCCCCCCCCAAAAAAGUUUGCAUGGACAGAUUGAAAAAAAACAUGUUAGAGGUGCCAGGUAGGCACAGAAAUAACCAUCAACACAGCGCACACACACACACACACCUCAUUAAUACAUGACACACACGGAUAUAUAGAUGUUAAACCCUGAGUUACACAGUAGCUAGUAUGGAAAAAAAAAAAAAAAAAAAAUGUCAACACAAUACAUGAUGUAGUGUCCCUCUCUCGUCCUUGUCUGUUUUAGUUUGAUAGAUAUUUGAUCAGUGAUUUUUAUGCUUGUUAUCCCCCCCCUGCUAUGACACUUUUUCUCGCCCCCUCCCUCCCCACAAAUGUUCAUUCACUUCUUCUCUCAGCCCCUUAAUCUUCCUCUUAGAGUACAUACACACACACACACACUCACCACGCCCACUGAUUCCCAUUAAAAGCAGUCACAUACACGUAUUUUUUUUACACACAGGUUAACCCUCCCGUCACUUCCUGUAUUUCAGUUCUUCUCUUCCACUCUUAUCGCCUCCCUCUCUGCCUCUCCUUUUAGCCCUUUUAGGAUCGUUUCUAUUGGCCGUUUUUUCUCUUUGGGCUGCCCCGCCCCUUAAUCAACCCAACUAACAGUAAAGGUUAUAUUAACGUUGAUAAUCAGUUUCUGUAUGUAUCUAGCCAGAGUCUGGAAAAAAAAAUCAGAAAAAAAAUCAAAACGGUUUUAUUCAAUUGUGCAAAUGUGUUUUUUCUUACUAUUUUUAAUGUUAUUACAUCUUCUAAUCUAAUCCUUCUACCAUUGCUUCAGUUAGUACUGAAAUACGCUUAGCCAACCUAGAGAUUUGAACUGUAAUGAUUGCGAUUUUCCUUACCUGUAUUUUAUAUGGCAUCUUUAGACCACCGUUUAUUAUGUACGUAAGUAAAUAUUGCCCGUUUAUCGAAAUGAUAAUUGUCGUCUGCACUAUGUUAUGAUUUUCAUAAUAUCCCUGAUAACAAUUUCAUGCUCGACUCAUUAUCAAUCUAAGCUGAACUCUGCGCCCUUGCACAAAGCAGCGAAACAUCUCUUGUAAACACCUGAGAACCAAAGUACACCUAGCAUCCCCCCGUCUACCCCGAUAAAGCCCCCCAGAGUCCCCUCCCCCAAUCCGAUAUGUAUAUAUAUAUAUAUAUACACAAUAUAUAUAUAUAUAUAUAUAGACGGUUUGCCCCCAGAGUAACAAGUUUUCUGAUGAGUAUGAUUACAUAUAUAUAUAUAUAUAUAUAUAUAUAUAAAAUGACAUUGCAGCACGUGUGAUAUAUCUGACAAAGUCAAAGUGAGGUAGCUGUGUUUUUAAGUGGGGAGACAGACAGACAGGGAAAGAAAGAAAGAAGUGUGUUUGUGUUGACUGUGGGUCAGCGAGUAGGCAGAUUUGGACAUGUGACCAAGUGUUUAGGCAUUGUUGGUAAAUUCCCCAGCUCCUGCUCACGCUCAGUUGUAUCUUCUUUCAUUGACUGAAUUCAGGCUGUGUGAACUACUGCACACGCUCAGAUCGACACUAAAUACACGGGAAAGAAUGACACCCGACAAAUGUGCUUUCAGUCAAGCUGGGGUUUUGGCGCUCUCUUUUGUGUUUUUCUUACAUGUAAUUGUUGUGAUCUCUCAAACUUGCCUUUAAACGUCCCAGACUGAGAUUGAUAGAGCAAUUUAUAAGCUUCUUCAUGUGUGGGCAUGGAGGCUGCUGAAUGGGGAUGAAUUCUCCUCGAAAUACAAAUCUGAGAUUGUUUGGCGUCCUGAAAGACGUCAUAGUUCAAGCAAGAAAUAAUUCACCUGUAUGACGAUGAAACAACUAGUCUAUAAAUAGAUUAUAAAUUAACUGAUAAAUCUGCCACUAAAGGUUAGAAUCUUUCCUUUAAACAAAACAAAGACUUGUUCAAGCUUUUCUUUCAGAUCCGACACAAUUCGUCAAUUAAUUGAUAGAAAAUAAACCAACAACAAAAUCAACAACAUAUCUUCUUGACAUUUUCAUUGGCAUUUUUCUAUUAUUUUGUGACAUUUUAUAGUCCAGACUAUAAAUUGUUUAAUUGGGAAAAUACUCUUUGCAGCCCCAAAACACUGGUUUGAGCUUUCUCUUGUGAUCCAUAAAAAUGUAUUCCCAGUUAAUUAAAAGUAAUAAGUUUCUUGUCUUGUCCAAAUCUCAGCUGAAGUGUCUUGAGGAAAAUUCACCUUCUCUGUGACUGACGAUGAAAUGAUAAGUUAUGAUAAAAGCAUCCUGCCUCACGUCCUACGCUCUGAAGAGCUCGACAAUGUUAAAGAGAGCCAAAAGUCCCAGAGUUGAAAUGUACUAUGUUGUAUUGUAGAAGUCAAACAGUAUUAUUGUCUGUCAUCCAGAAUGUGGAAAGGAGUCAUAAGUUGUGUUGUACCUGUACUGAUAUAUAUUUGCAGGACUCACAGAAUUUUGUCCAAUUUGAAUAAGAGUCCCUGUUCUGUCUGUCUCUCUCUACACUGCCACCCGCCCCUCAACAGCCCCCCAAGCACCAGUAUAUUCCCACCCCAACCCCCGACCCUCCAAUGGCUGAGGUCCAGUAAGCGGCUCAAGUUGAUCACUAUGGGCUAUUUCUUGUCAUGUUGGUCAAUCGUGCCCUCAGCCACAAGUGUACCGAUGCAUGUACUUCAGUACCCAGGGCCACCCGAAACUACCUGUGCAGCAAAAAGGGUUCAAAUUGAUCCAUAAUAUUAUUGUUAUAGAAAUAUUAUCAUCAUCAUUAUUGCUUUUAUAAUUAUGGUCGGUAUAAUUUGUCAUCAUUGUUAGCAUUAUGGAAGCACCGGACUGUUUGUGGAAAGACAAGAAAAAAAGAACGAUUAUUUUUUUUUUUUUUAUUUGUCUGGCUGUUGGUGGUCUGAUCUCACAGAGGGAGGGGAGGAAUGGUUCAGAAAGAGACAAAGAUGGCAGUCAUGUUUGUACUGGUUGGGAAAUGACUUACAGUGCUGAAAUAAAAUUUAUUCUUUUAGUAAAAAAAGUA